GUUACCGCAGUGACUUGUCACUUUCCUAUAGCUUCAUUCUCUACCACAAUGGCGAACCAAUCGCCGAUGAUCUCAAUUCCUCUCAAAUCUACGGAGGAAGUCGACUGGACCACGCCAAUCCGUCAUUUAAUAUCGCAAUCUUAUGGGGAAAGUCCGGACAAUUACUCAUCGGAAUGCGCUUCACUACAACGUUGUCGACAAGAUGCUGUUCGAGGAGCAGGCAGCGAUUCCACGGCUAGGGAUUUGCUUUACAAGUACUUUGGUCAAUUGGAGCUUUUGGAGCUGAGGUUUGCGGAGAUCCGAGUGACUUUCCCUUGGAAAGACGCGUUCACAGCGAAACUUACUACGCAGACAAGUAUCGCAUUCGAAAAGGCUUCAAUCUUAUUCCAAAUUGCUUCUGUUCACUCCUCACUUGCUGCUUCACAAAGCCGCUCGGAUCCAGAAGGAAUUAAACGGGCAUUCUACUACUUCCGUACCUGCGCCGGGAUGUUGACAUAUAUCAACGACAAUUUUCUUCAUGCUCCUUCAACGGAUCUUAGCAGGGAAGUGAUAAAAUUCCUCGUCGCCUUGAUAUUGGCGCAAGCGACCGAAGUGUUUCUGGAGAAAUGCACCGAAGAGAAGAAAGGUAGUGGGCUCGUCAGUAAAGUCGCAGCUCAGACGGCAGGCAUGUAUACUGCACUCACGGAACAGGUCAAAGAAUUUAUGGGCAAGGGGAUCUUUGAUAGGAAUUGGGUCAUGUUGAUACAAAUAAAAGCAAAGUAUCUGUCGUCUCUUGCCCAAUAUCACCGCUCCCUCGCUGAUAGGGCCCUUUCCAAACACGGAGACGCCCUCGCGCGUCUGACCCUCGCCGAAACCCUUGCCAAAGAAUCCCAAUACCUUGCUUCUUCCUUUAAUCCAAGCGUUUCGCCAACCUUACCCGCUGACGCUGCCUCCACUCUCUCAGAUCGGCUUAAAGCCCACCUCUCACUCUGUACCAAUGCCAAAUCCACCGCCCAACACGAGAAUGAUCUCAUUUACAAUGCCGUCCUACCCAAUCCCGACUCCUUACCCCAAAUUGAAACAACUUCAGUAGCCUCUGUCGCUGCACCGAUAUCAAUACAGGAAGUGUAUGGUGCGCCCGAAGUGCAGAAGGUCAUCGGGCAGGACAUCUUCUUGAAAUUAAUACCACUGAGUGUGCAUGAAAGUGCAUCGGUCUAUUCUGAGGAGAAGGCGAAACUGGUUAGAGGGGAAGUGGAAAGAGUGGAGCUGGCUGAGAGUCAGGUAAGAAGUGCGAUCGAGACCAUGGGCGUUAAGGAGGGCGUGGCCAAGUUCAAGGCCAUCUUAAAGGAAGCGGUAGGUGAUAUUGAUGAUGAUGUGGAUGCAAUUCCACCAAAUGCUCGGAAAUGGACCGACGAAAUCAUAUCCUUGGAAUCCCGCGACCCCCUCACUUCACUACUCUCUCAAUUGACCCAACGCAAAUCCAACGUUCAGUCAACUCUUUCUCAUAUAUCGUCCAACCUUUCCCAAGAAUCCCAUACUACUGAAACACUACGCGUGCAAUACGGGGUUAAGUUCACUCAAGAGCCCAGUGCGUCUCUUACACGGGAUAUGAGGAGGGAGUUGAAGGAACUCCAGGAUCAUUCCGGCCAAGCCGAAGGAAGCGAUAGGCAAGUCGAGAUGCUUUGGGACGGUGUGAGAGCCGAUGUUGGGGUGUUGCUUGGUUGGGGAGGUGAAGGCGAGUUGGAGGAGUUGUUCAGACGCGCUAUGGAUGUUGUCAAUGAUCAAGGAACGCAUGUUGCUCAAAGCUUACUUGAUAUAGAUGAAGGGGUUAAUAACGACGAAGAAGCUAAUGAACGAGCCGUAAUCGCCGAAUUAGUAUCAGAGAUCGAUGAGAGAUUUGGGAGGUUGAGUAAAAUUUCUAGGGAAAGAGGGGAAGUAUUGAAGGAUCUAAAGGAGAAGAUACAAACAGAUGAUGUAUCCCACUUACUUCUUCUAAAUCGCCGAAAUACCGCAGUUGAACCGACACUCUUUGCAGCUGAACUAGAGAAAUUUAGACCGUAUCAACAACGCCUCGGUCAAGCCGUCGCUCAGCAGGAGGUCGUACUUAGCGAGAUCGGGGCAUUUUGGAAAAAGUUGCGUGAAAUGAGUGGUGGGCGAAAAGCUUACAAUAGGACCAGUGGAGGAGGCACCGGAGGAGGAAGCUUAGCGCGAAAAUGGGAAGAACGAGAAAAGCGCAAGAAAGAUCUUCUUGUGCGAUUCGGAAGAGCUAGGGAUGUGUAUAUGGAAGUGAGAGAUGGGAUUACCAAAGGUCUCACAUUCUACACCGACCUCUCCCAACUUGCCUCUACACUCGAGUCGACCGUGAAGGAGUUCGUUGAGCGACGGACCAGGGAGAGGGAGGCGCUGGUUAGACAGUUGGAGGUGGAAAAGAGGCUUUCAAGUGGUGGUGCUGUGUCAGUCAGUCAGCGAGGGAGCGGGCCUCCGCCUCUCCCGCCACCUCCACCGAGCUCAGCACCAGAUAACUCCAAUGAUUUGAGCGCGUCGCUGGCUGGAAUGAAAAUAUCGAAACCACCACCUCCCACGCCGUCUUUGUAUGCUUCUUCGUAUGCCUCUCAGCAGACCCCCAACCAAACACAAUGGAGGAAUACGCCUACUCCUCCGGUAUCUCAGAGUCCCCAUCAACAACAUCAAACACAGUCAUACAUCCCACCAUCUUCUUCUCAACCGCCUCCUCAACCGCCGUACUCCCCGUACUCCCAGCCUUAUUCGUCCUAUGUUUCCAGCCCCGCUAUCGCAGCUUCUCCUCAGCAGCAACCACAACGUCAACAAUACGGGAAUUUCCCUCCACCACCUUCAUUACCGUCUCCGCCCCUUCUCGAUCCGUACGCAAGUUUGGAUAUGUUAAACUCUAUCUCUCCUCCUGCGCUGCCGCCGUCAUCUCAGCCGCAGAGGCAACAAACAUAUGGCAAUGAAUUUCCUCCUCCUCCUCCAGGGCCUCAAGCCCCUCAACAGCAGGGUUACAGCGGACAAGGGAGUUACGGAAGGUAUAGUUCGCCACCGCCGCCGCCACCUCCCUCCCAUCAAGGAUAUGGAGGAUACCAGUCUCCUCCUUCUCACCCUGCUCCGCCACCGCAACAACAGCAGGGCUAUGGAGGGUAUGGCUCACCACACCAGCCACCCCCUACCCAACAGCAGCAAUCUUAUCAGGGUUAUCAAGGGUUUCCACCUCCCCCUCCUCAAUCUCAACAGCAGAACUACCCGGGUUAUCAGGAUCCCAGAGGGUAUAGCAGCUACGGCAGUGGUAGAUAGACAUUGACGGAAUCCACUUGCGCGUACGAUACAUAUAUAAUGGUAACAUAACCAUGAAGUGUUUACAGAUUGUCACUUGCGGGGGAGUCCUUUUUUUUGCAAGCGAGAAUAUCACGUAUCCUGGGGUCUGGUAUUGUAUAUACAUAGCAGUUUACUCACGAACUCGUUUGGGUUUUUCGAAUUGCAGAACUAGCAGAGAAUCCUGAGAGAACCUGACCUAACCUAUGCUUAUCCUAACCAACAAUUACCCCAGUGACAUCCGCAAACCAAGCUCGUUGAUCCUUGGGCG